AUGAAGGAGACGGUUUCACCUGUGAAGACAUCGAUGAAUGUGAGGACCCGCGAACUUGUAAUGCGGACAAAAAUCAAGGAGUCUGCACCAAUACAGAGGGGUAACGACUGUGAACUGUAUCGACCAAGACGACACUGUGGCGAUUUUCGCGUAUACCACGAGGAAAGAAAAAGCGGCCCUUAUACUCUCAAACUUCUGGAAACAAAUGAUAAUGGGAGUGUUUGGACUCGAGAGGCUGAUGUUUACUGCGAUAUGGACACAGAAGAAGAUGGGUACAUGGGUGGUUGGACAUUGAUGUCCAACACAUAUGAUUCUACAGUACAAAAAAAUUACCAGCAAUAUGUUGAUGGUUUUGGCGAUCCAUCCAAGGCCGACCUUUGGAUUGGCUUGAAGAAUCUGCAUCAUUUGACCAGCACCACUGAUAUGAAGUAA